CAAAUCAUGUCUUCGUGCGGAAACUGCGACUGUGCUGACAAGACCCAGUGCGUGAAGAAGGGAACCAGCUACACCUUCGACAUAGUCGAGACUCAGGAGAGCUACAAGGAAGCCAUGAUCAUGGAAGUUAAUGGUGCAGAAGAGAACGGGUGUCAAUGCAAGUGUGGCUCUAGCUGCAGCUGCGUCAACUGCACUUGCUGCCCCAAUUAAAAAAAAA